UCGCGGGGGCUGCCCGUCAGCGCCCGCCCCUUCCGGGUGUCGGCGCGGCGGCGGGCGCAGCAUGAGGCGGGUGACGCUGUUCGUCAACGGCAGCGCCCGCAACGGGAAGGUGGUGGCCGUGUAUGGGACUCUCUCAGAUUUGCUCUCUGUGGCCAGCAACAAGCUUGGGAUAAAAGCCACCAGCGUUUACAACGGGAAAGGGGGGCUCAUUGAUGAUAUUGCUUUGAUUAGGGAUGAUGAUGUCUUGUUUGUCUGUGAAGGGGAGCCCUUCAUUGAUCCUCAGAGUGAUCCUGGGAGAGCUCAGGAGGAGCUGACAGGGUCCCACACGGACUGGCUGACUCUCAAUGUGGGAGGCAGAUACUUCACCACCACCCGGAGCACUCUGGUUAACAAAGAACCUGACAGUAUGUUGGCACACAUGUUCAAAGACAAAGAUGCUUGGGGGAAUAAGCAAGAUCCUAGAGGAGCUUUCCUCAUUGACCGCAGUCCCGAGUAUUUUGAGCCCAUUUUGAACUAUUUGCGUCACGGACAGCUCAUUGUAAAUGAUGGCAUUAAUUUGCUAGGGGUCCUGGAAGAAGCCAGGUUUUUUGGGAUCGACUCCCUCAUUGAACACCUGGAAGUUGCUAUUAAGAAUUCCCAGCCAGCUGAGGAUCACUCUCCCAUCUCUCGGAAGGAGUUUGUCCGGUUCCUGCUGGCAACACCCACCAAGUCCGAGCUGCGCUGUCAGGGUCUGAAUUUCAGUGGAGCCGACCUUUCCCGCUUGGAUCUUCGCUACAUCAACUUCAAGAUGGCCAAUCUGAGCCGCUGCAACCUGUCCCACGCCAACCUGUGCUGUGCCAACCUGGAGAGGGCUGACCUCUCUGGCUCCGUGCUGGAUUGUGCAAACCUGCAGGGGGUGAAGAUGCUGUGCUCCAACGCAGAGGGAGCGUCCCUGAAAGGCUGCAACUUCGAGGACCCAUCAGGCCUUAAAGCUAAUUUGGAAGGUGCCAACCUGAAGGGUGUGGACAUGGAGGGCAGUCAGAUGACGGGCAUCAACCUCCGGGUGGCCACGCUGAAAAACGCCAAACUAAAGAACUGCAACCUCCGAGGAGCCACGCUGGCAGGGACUGACCUGGAGAACUGUGAUCUGUCAGGUUGUGACCUACAAGAAGCCAACCUGAGGGGGUCUAACGUGAAAGGAGCCAUCUUUGAGGAGAUGCUGACGCCCCUGCACAUGUCCCAGAGUGUCAGAUAGGGGCCAGAGCGCGGCCAAGAGGAAGGAAUCCAAACGUUCAUCGUGACUUUCUUCACCUCCUCCCCUUCCUGAGUUAAAGUCAUGGUUAUUAGCCGCCUUCCAUUUGCAGUAGUGCCUAGGUAAACUCUUUUUGAUCCACUUUUUGGGGAGGGAAGUUUGGUUUUCAGAGGUACCAGCAGAGAGUUUGUACCUCUUGGGAGCAGAGCAAGGGAACCAGAGAGCGUGGCUGCUUCUGUGGGAGGGGGAAAGGGUUCAGUGGUUCCAUUGUUUAGCGUUGCCUCACUUUGGGAAUGCAUUUUAAUUUAUGAAGCACAAUAUAUGCAAUUCUAUUUAUUAAACCUGUAGCUGCAGUAGGAAUAGGAAAGGUCACUCCUGUACAGUAGCACCGAGUUGAGGUUUACAGGUGUGUUCCAGCCUGGGGCCGUGCCAGGGGCGCCUCGGUGUCCCCUGGGGGUGCUCAGGUCUCUGCUGGGGUGGAAGCUGAUGGGAAAAUGCCUGCUCAGAAAUCGGAUGUCUUUAAUUCAUCCUCUCCAGAGGAGCCUGGAAGGUGCACUGUCAGUGACAGCUGCUGAGGAGAAUCCUGCUUUGGCAAAGAUCCUGCCCACUGCAGGCUGGAGUUGUGCAGAGAGAGGAGAGCACAGAGCUGUCACCAAAGCAGAGAGAGGCAGAGGGACCUCAGCAGGUGAAUCCUUCCCUGCUUCCCUCCGUGUACUAUGCAAAAAAAAAACCCAACAAAAACAAACUCCCUGAAAGCUCCCUGGGCAUCUUCCCUUUUCCCAGCUGGAUCUUCCUGUUCCUUUUACCUGUGGCCAGGUGCCCUCCCACAGCUGCUGUGCCUGUGCAGGAAGCAGCUGGAGCCGCUUUGUGUGGGGGAUUUGUGCAGGGCAGAGGCCUCAGCACCCCUGGGUGUGGAUAAGGAGCUGCUUCCCUGUAGGAUCCACGGAGUUCUGAGCUCACACCACCUUUAUUUUACACGCAAUCAAAAAAAAAAAAAAAAAAAAAAAAAAAGCACAGGAAGAAACUAUACCAAAAAAAAACAAACAAAAAAGGCAAAAAGGUGCAUCAAGAACUUACCUCAGAUGCUUAAACCACCCCAAAGUGAAAACUAACCUUGAGUUUAAGGAAUUCAAGCUGUUACUGUAGAAGUGCAAAGGAGGAGUAAGAACCAGUGGAUCCCGGGGGAGCUGGAGCUCCACGGUUCUUUCCGGGGGGGCCGCGUCUCCCUUGCAGUGCAAUUUCUGUUCUGUAGUCUCAGUUGUUACACAAAUGCUGCUUUGCCACCAGCCUGGGAGGACCAGUGAUGGUCUGGGACGAGCAGAGGAUGCCUUUGGGGGGAACUGCAGGAAUUUUCCAGUUGGUUCGACUCAGGCAGUGAACUCGAGAGGCUCGAAAUCCCAGAGCGGCGAGGUUCAGAAUUGGGAUUAUUUCCUGCAGACCCCUCUGGAUCAGGCUCUAGGACAACACUAUAUCCUUGGAGAAACCACCUGGAGGUUCCAGGGAAAUAUUGCAGUGUGACUUUUGGAGUCCUUUCUCCCACCUCAUGGCUUUCAGUGGGAAUGUUGUGUCUGUUGCAGUAGGAGAAGAUUCCUAGGGCUAGAGAAACAAAUGAAUUAUUUUUCUUUAUCAUAUUUUGUAGCUGCCAGAAGUAAAACUAUUGUAUGGGGAAAAAAAUAAAUAUAUAUCUAUAUCUAUAUCUAUUUUCAUAAUCACUGUGUAUAAAAUCUCUCUGAACUUUCACUGAUGCACUAUGAAAUUAUCACAGCAUGUGGCACCACCAUUCACAGCUGGAUUUUAGGGACCUCUUUUGCCUGCCCAGAGCUGUGCAGAAUUUUGCAGGUUCCAGCUAAUUUAAGUUGCAUUAAUAAAAAAGUGUG